AGUGGCUUUUGGCAGCGCAACAACACUUGCACUUUUGUUUUCUUUCUAUUUGACACUACUCACUUGUUACAUUGUCGCUCCCACCUCAAGUACUAGCUUCUCUUUUGUACUAAUCCAUUUCACUUGCAAUGUCUUUAUCUCUUGUGCCUUAUUCUCUCAUCACCAUUCUCCUCAUUCUUCCACUCACCUCUUACUCUCUAAACAUGUCCACCUCCUCCGCCACCACCCCCGCUCGCCGCGCACCACGGCAGCUCUCGGUGGAUUAUUAUGCCAGGACUUGCCCUCAUGUAGAACAGCUUGUCGCCACGGUCACCUCACAACAGUUUAGAGAAGUUCCGGUCUCUGGACCUGCCACCAUUCGGCUCUUCUUCCACGACUGCUUUGUUGAGGGGUGUGAUGGGUCCGUAUUGAUAUCGACUAAACCGGGAAGCAAACAAUGGGCGGAGAAGGACGCGGAAGAUAACAAGGACCUGGCUGUGGAGGCUUUUGAUAGCAUAAAUAAGGCCAAGUCACUAUUAGAGACCAAGUGCCCUGGUGUUGUGUCUUGUGCAGAUAUUCUUGCUAUCGCUGCUAGAGAUUUCGUCCACUUGGCCGGGGGACCUUAUUAUCCGGUGAAGAAAGGCAGGUGGGACGGAAGAUUCUCAUUGGCAUCAAAUGUAAACCUCAACGUUCCACACUCGAAUUCUACAGUAAAUGAACUCAUCAAGCUAUUUGCAUCGAAAGGUUUGACACCAGAUGAUCUAGUAGUACUCUCUGGUGCACAUACCAUUGGAUUUUCACAUUGUAAAAACUUCGUGAAUCGACUAUAUGACUACAAGGGUACAAAGCAGCCAGACCCUUCAAUUGAUCCGAGACUUCUCAAGGCCUUGAGAAUGUCCUGCCCACCAUUUGGCCGUAGUGGCACUGUGGUGGCACCAUUUGACGUUACAACACCUUUUCUAUUCGACAAUGCUUACUAUCAAAACUUGGAAGCUAGAUUAGGUUUGUUAACUUCAGAUCAACAGCUGUUUUUCGAUGCAAGAACUAAGCCCAUGGUUCAGGCUUUGGCAAAGGAUAAGCAGCGCUUCUUCCAAGCAUUUUCAGUAGCUAUGGAUAAAAUGGGAUCAAUAGGUGUGAAGAGGGGAAGGAAACAUGGAGAGAAAAGGAAAUAUUGCAGUGUUCAUGCAUUAUAAUUGUCACUUAGUAUUUGUCUAUAUUCUUUUAGAUUUCUUUAAUUUUUCUUCCUCAGUUUCAUGUUGUUCCAUUCCAUGAUCAGUUUCCUCCCAUUUGAUUGAUUUUUUUCAUUUUCAGUUUCUUGAUGAUAUCUGUACUUAUUCAUUA